AUGGAGACCAAAGACGAGCUGCUGUCGCAUGGUAAAGCCGACGCGGCUCUCGAGUUCCUUCGUGACGAAGGCUGUGGAAUUGCCGUGGAGAUCAAUGAGAAGACCCUUGUUCGCAAGAUUGACUGGAUGAUCAUGCCGUUGAUGUGGGCAGCCUACAACCUCCAAUAUCUGGACAAGGUGCUCAUCAACUACGCCUCCGUCAUGGGUCUCCUGGAAGACACCAAUAUGAGGACGAAUCAGUUCUCCAAUCUCGCGCUUGCCUUUUAUGUGACGUAUCUUGUCUUCGAAUUGCCCACGGGGUGCUUGAUGCAACGACUACCUACCGCCAAAUACUUGGGAGUCAACGUGAUUCUCUGGGGUCUGAUGACAACACUCAAUUGCUCCGCGAAGAACUUUGGGGGCUUGAUGACCCUGCGAGUUCUUCUGGGGUGCUUUGAAAGUGCAAUUGCGCCAGCUCUGAUUCUCAUCACUUCAAUGUGGUACAAGAGAAACGAGCAGCCCACACGCAUGGGGAUUUGGUAUAUCGGCACGGGGACCGCGUCGAUCAUGGGAGCGCUGGUCGCAUACGGUCUGCUUUUCUAUACCAACCAUGUCUUCAAGUCGUGGCAGAUCAUGUUUCUCAUCUUCGGACUGAUCACCAUAGUCGUGGGCGUCUGCAUCUGCAUCUUCAUGCCUGACAACCCGAUGAAAUCGAAGCUGACUCACGAUGAGAAAGUCUUUGCCAUCGAAAGGCUUCGUGAGAAUCUCACCGGUAUCGAGAACAAGCAUUUCAAAUGGUGCCAGUUCUUUGAAGUGUUCAAAGAUCCACUGACAUAUCUCAUCGCUCUCAUCGUGACCGCCAUGGAUGUCCCUAAUGCAGCCGUCAGCAGCUUCACCUCAUUGAUCAUCGAAAACAUCGGCUUCACCACGAAGGAGACUGAGCUUCUCAACGUCCCCAACGGCGUGGUCAGUAUUAUCUCGAUCUUGGUCGUGACAAACAUCGCCUCCCGCUAUGACCAGCGGUGUCUCUCUGUCAUCAUAGCAUUGGCCGGGGGCUUACUGGGCAGCUGUCUGCUAGCCUUUUCGCCCAAGAGUCUGAAAGCUGCUCAACUCGCCGGCAACUACCUCACUCAGAUGACGGGGUCGGCUUUACCUCUGAUGUACUAG